GCCGCAUCCAUACCAACAUCCUCUCACUUAUUCUCCACAUGUCCCCGCAGCUUCCACCGGAUUUCAUUACAUAAUUUAAACACACGCGCACAUACAUACACACACACGGGACCAUACCGCGUCUGACCGACUGCUAAUCGGCGCUUUUUACGGGUAUUGCUGCUUCACUGCUCCUCCCUGAGCACCUCCUCACACACACUGUUGCCAUGCAGGAGGUGUAACCCUCCUUCCUCCUCUUCUUCCUUGUGCACUAUCCGAGGAGCUUCCUAAACAGAAACAAACAACAACAACCUGUAACCAGCCAAGAUGUCAGACCCCGACGCCUCCUCGCCUGCAGAGCACCCACUGCCCCUCACCUCCCCCCGAACCCCCCAGCAGCUCUCCUUCCCCUUCUUCAGGGAGGGCAGUCGGGUCUGGGAGAGGGAGAGGAAACCGCCACAGCCUGGCGAGCUGCCCAGCCCACUGCCCACCAAACGCACCCGCACAUACUCAGCGACAGUGCGAGCCAAAUCAGGUCCAGUAUUUAAAGGGGUGUGUAAAAACUUCUCCAGGUCUCAGGGUCAUGGAUUCAUACGCCCCUCCCACGGAGGAGAGGACAUCUUUGUCCACAUCUCUGACAUUGAUGGAGAGUACGUGCCUAUGGAAGGGGACGAGGUCACGUACAAGGUGUGCGCCAUCCCUCCCAAGAACCAGAAGCUCCAGGCUGUGGAGGUGGUGCUCACCCACCUGUAUCCAGGAACUAAGCACGAGACCUGGUCAGGUCAGAUCAUCAGCUCCUAGACCAGAAGCUCCAGGCUGCAACGCUGCAACGCUGCAAAGGCAAAAGGAGAUUUGGAUUUACUUUUAGGUUUUAUGUUUUUCUGGGCAUGAAUUGUGGGAUCAGGUCUGGGGAAGAGGGAUCGUCAGUUGGCGUGCCGAGAAGUUCCCUGGUUACAGAAAAGGUGUUGACGAAAGUUUGAGUUUGAGGUUUGAGGGCUGGAAAGCUUUGAAUGUAUAAGUUUGAAUGUUUUCCUUUGACGUUCACCAUUUGGGUUUGAAUGUUUUAAUAAUUUAGGGUUUGGAAGUUCGGCUUCAGGGCUUGGCGAUAGAAUUUUACUUUGAUUUAAGGAGUAUAUUUUUGUUGGGAAAUCAGUGGCUGUUAAGGAAAUGAUGUCUUUCAUGCAUUUUGAUGCUAAAGAGGCCGAAUCACAUUUUGAGCAAAUUUGACCCAGUUUAGUUACAUUGACGCUCGAUUUGCACGUUACAGACAGAAGAGUUUAAGUUAAGUGACGAGCACAAUGCAGUUCUGAAUUUUAAUCACACUUUUAUUUCCCUUUUUUUUACAACUUAGCUACCAAAUGAUGUAAAUGACAUGCCAUCACUGCCAAAAGUCAUGUGUACGGAAGCCCUGAAAUCCAACUGAGAAGAAAAAGUCUGAACUUAAUCGUUUCCUCUUGUGUUUUUAUGAACAAAGAUCCAGGAUAAUCCCUCUAAGUUCCUCAAUGUAUUUAUUUUUUCACAUAUCAAACAGAAAAAGGAACAGUUUUCCCUACUUUUUGUCCUAUUUCAAACAUGUGGUAGGGGAGCACUUACCUCUUGUGGCCUAAAUGAGUAUUAAAUAAGAUUAAUUAAAGCUAAAACUAAUGAAAAAUCCAAAACUAUUAUAACCUUGGUAAGAAGUAGGGUAAUUUUCUUUUUCCACCAGUGGAGUCGCCCCCUGCUGGUCAUUAGAAAGAAUGCUGGUACAAGGCACUUGGGUAUCAGCUUCACUUUUCAAACUUGGAAGCUAUGUCCAUUUCUUUUCUACAGUUUAAAAUAUAAUUCAGUAAAUGUACGUUGCACUCAGGCGGCAACCUCCGCGUCUGAGCAGGGAGGCAAACCAGGAAGUGCCUUAAGCUGCAUUCUACAGAAAAUUCCAGCAGGGGGCGCUAAGUUUGGCUGCAGAAAGAUUUCUGUCCAUUAAUUUCAAUGCAAAAUGAGAAAACUUCUCACUUGAUUCAUUACCUCAGAAAUCUUUUUUAGGACAACACUAUGGUCUCAAUCACUAGUAAAAAAUCUUCAAGACAAUUUGAUGUUAAUAGUUCAUGUGUUAAACAGAAAAAGGAACCUUUUUCCUUACUUUUUCUCCUAUUUCAAACAUGUGGUAGUGGAGCAGUUUGACCUCUUGUGGCCUAAAUGAGUAUUACAACAACAAACACUUUACUAUCCAAAUUAUCCUGGAAAAAACAUUUUUGUCCACUUGUGUAACAAUUUAAAUCAGACUGGAAAAUGGAUCACCAGUUUUUCUUCUUGGGGCUUCCGUACAUGUGACAAACAUCAAAUUGAUAAAGGUCCAGUUUAGCCAUAUUGUGUAAGUGUUUACAAGGACAGCUGGAGAUGAAAUAAAAAGGAAAUAUAAUAAAUUUAACAGCCCUCUCUGUUGUUUACGACCUGAAUCGUGAAAGAAACAGCUUCUCAGAUCUGCCUUCAUCUUACUGCCAUCAUAAAUCAUUUUAAGGUGGUUUGAUGUACAAAUCCGCUAUUGCACUGCUGCUGAAUAGAAACAAACAUUCACUGCAAAAAAGCCAACUUGUGUUUUUUGGCCUAAAACAGUGAUUUAAGUUGGUAAAACUUGGAAAUAUAAAUUAUUGACAUUUAGGGCAAUAGUGUAAGUUAGCACAACAAAGGAAGCCAGUUGUCUGCUCAAAAACAAGUUGGUGAGUUGUUGUUACUUAUAUCUUUAAGUUGGGGUUCACAACAAGGGACAAUAGUUCUGAUAACUCUUAUUUCUUUGUUGUGAAAUGCGGGAAAGCGGUGAAAUUCGGUCAUUAGCGAAAGCUAGCGGCUAACUGAUGCUAGCAGCUAACUAUUGCUAGCGGCUAACUGAUGCUAGUGGCUAACAGAUGCUAGUGGUGCUGCUUGUUACAGCUACAAGAGUAGCCAUUAGCGUACCAAUGCUAACUCAAAAUUGUGGUCGCAACAUUAGCUGACAUUUCAUAGCGCCGUUACAAUCGUGCCAAUUCAGCACAUUGCAGAAGUUAGCAGAAGUAAGGAUUAAAAGUUAUUUCAAUGUAAAAUUAUAAGUUAGUACAACUUACAGUUGAGUUGAAAUCAUAAUUCAGAGUUGAGCAAACUCAAAAACAAAACUUAAAAUAUUUAGUUUAAUUGUCCGACUUAAAAUUUUAUCGAAGUUUGUUGCCUUGAAAUUUUGAGUUCACCCAACUUUUCUUUUUUUGCAGUGUAGCACUUACAGUCAAAAGUUUCUCAACAAUGAUCUAAAUAGCUCUUAAUGUGUUUCGGCCUCAGGAGCUGUGUUCAGCUCUCUAAAUAAGGAAUUAUUUUCCUUGUUAAUAUUUGUAGCACUACUGUAUUUUGUCUACUUGGCAAAUGUAGAAAUCCAGUAUUAUUGUAGCCAGCUCCUAUGACGGUCUAAAGUUUUGGUGGUAGAGUUGGUAGCUGGAUGUAAUGUGGGCCUGCCACGGGUAAAAACAGGCCAGAGGGUUUUUGGUUUGGGGAAGGAAAGCGGAGAGGGAACGGGCAGAGGAGGGAGUGAUUAUCUGUAGAUGUACUUGAACUCUGAUUUGAAAAGUUGCAAAGCAAGUGGAAUCAGGAAGUCAGCAGUCAAAAUGAAGGAAAAUAAGGAUAACUACAUUAGAUUUUAAAGAGGAGGAACAAGCUGAACUGCGGAUUUUAGGUGGAAAAGAGUACAAUAAAAAAAAACAGAGCUGCAAAAGCUUCCUGGCGUAAGUUUAAAAAGAUUAUUUAUUUAUUGACUUAUUUAUUUUCAUUUGUAACUAUGAGACCAUCAGGUGUUUGGUAAUUAAAAGCUGCAUUUCUAAGUAUUUGUGUGCAAAUUUAAGCCUGUUUGAAUACACUGCACACCUCACUCUAAUGAUGCUACCCUGUUAAUAUCCCUUUGCUACUGUCGUGUCGUUACUGGCAGGCAACAAAAAAUAAAAACACUUUCCCAACACAAGUUUCUAAUUUCUACAUUAUCCUUCGUCUAAUUUUUAAUAAUGUGUGAUGUUCAAAAUAACAAGCUGUUGUUUUGGAAAUGGGCAUGUUCUGUACUGUUUGUUUGUCGUAAUUUUUAUGUGUUGAUUCUGUUCCAUCAUGCGGUAACACAGCUGGAGCCUCCAGAGAGGCGUCGUCAGGUCAAGUCUAACUCCAUAGUAACACGCUGCAUCCGUUUGGUUUCUCUACAUGUUC